AUGCAUGGUAGUGGCUUAACACAUUUGUUGUUUUUGCCGGAUUGGGCUGUCAUUUUCGAAUUAUACAAUUGUGGUGAUACAGAUUGUUAUUUGGAUCUAGCACGCCUUCGUGGUAUCAAAUAUUUUACAUGGAGAAAAAGCGAUAAGGUAUUUCCAGUUGGUGAGGGUAUACAUCCACAAACUGGUGAGCCGCAUAAAAAAUUCCAAAAUUAUCGAUUUGAUCGAGAUGAAUUUCAAAAGCUUAUUCUUAUGGUACGCAUGAUUUUAUUGUUUAUGGGUGGAUCUUCAGAAAUCUUAAACUAA